UAGUACACACACAGAGGCUUUCUGAAAAGUUGCAUUGCAUGUGAUUGAAAAUUUGAAUCACAGAUGAAAUAAAUUAGUUGUAUUUAUGACCCAUAUAGGUCUAUAAUAUACAAACAUACAUGCAUGUUUCUGUCUAUAAAUAGGGCCUUCUCUGCCAGGUAAAAAUAUGAAGCAAACCAGACAUAGAAGUACGAUUCUUUUGUUGUGAACACUUUAAAAAUGAGGUCCUUUGAUGUAAGGUUGUUCUGUUUUGUGGCUAUGACUAUGCUCAUGCUUGGAGCACUUCCAUUUUCCUCAGAUGCACAGUUAGAUCCAUCAUUUUACAAAAACACUUGUGCCAAUGUUCAUUCCAUUUCAUUAAAUAAUUAUUGUUGCUUGUGGCAGGGUUGUGAUGCAUCAAUUUUGCUGAAUAGCACAAGUACCAUAGUGAGUGAACAAGGUGCAGGACCAAAUAACAACUCAAUAAGAGGCUUAGAUGUUGUGAAUCAGAUCAAAACAGCGGUUGAAAAUGCUUGUCCUGGUGUUGUUUCUUGUGCCGAUAUUCUUGCACUUGCUGCAGAAAUUUCAUCUGUUUUGGCUCAUGGUCCUGAUUGGAAAGUUCCAUUGGGAAGAAGAGAUAGUUUAACAGCAAACUUUACCCUUGCUAAUCAAAAACUUCCGGCUCCAACCUUCAAUCUUAGUCAACUUAUCUCUACUUUUGCCAAUCAAUCCCUCAACAUAACUGAUCUAGUUGCACUUUCAGGUGCUCACACAAUUGGGAGAGCUCAAUGUAGAUUUUUCAGCAGUCGAUUAUACAAUUUUAGCAACACUGGAAAUCCUGAUCCAACUUUGAACACAACCUAUCUACAAACACUUAGAUCAAUUUGCCCCAAUGGUGGACCAGGGAAUACUCUCACCAAUUUGGACUUAACAACCCCAGACACAUUUGACAACAAAUACUUCUCCAAUCUUCAAUCUCUAAAUGGAUUGCUUCAGAGUGAUCAAGAACUUUUCUCUACAGUUGGUGCAUCUACACUUAGCAUUGUGAACAGUUUCAGCAGUAACCAAACUCUUUUCUUUGAAGCAUUUAAGGCAUCAAUGAUUAAGAUGGGUAAUAUUGGAGUUCUAACUGGCUCUCAAGGUGAAAUCAGAAAGCAAUGUAACUUUGUUAAUGGAAAUUCUGGAUUGGCUACUUUUGCUACUAGAGUAGAAUCAUCAGAACAACAGGGUGUUAGCUCAGCCUAAAAAGAUUAUAUAUUUAUUGUGGGUUGGAAAUUUUAAAGUAGUUCUUCUAUAUUCACAUACAUAAAUAAGUCAUGUUGUUUGUGGAUUGGGAUUGAUUUUGUACUUGAUAGAUGUAUGGAUAUCCAUUUGUGUUUUGUAUCAUUUAAUUUCCAAUAAUGUUAUAUGAGAAUCGACUGUUUUUUUA